AUGUAUUUUAUAUUAAUCUUCUUUUAUAUUAAUUCAAUUUACAGUGCCACUUGUUUCAAUGAAACCAAUGAAAGCUUUCUGACACUCAAACAUGAUUCUUUGAUCUUGAAAAAUCCUGAACAUCCACGUUAUCAAGAUCUUGAGGCCAAUUGUACUUGGGUGAUCUAUCCAAAAGCGAAUCACAUCCUUACAAUCAACGUCCGUGAUGUCGAUCUGAGCUCUAAGCACGAUUACAUAAAAAUUGAGGAACUUGUCUCGAUCAAUGAGACAGAAUAUCAGAUUCCAAUGGCUUAUAUAAACAAACAAUCUGUGGAAGACAACGAUGGAACAAGUGAGUUGAUCUUUCUGUAUGCACGAGCUCUACGAAUCAAAUUGUCACAUUUGGAAGGGUUUCUGAGAUUUCAUUUCAUGAUCCGGCAACAAGAAGAAAAUCACCUAAUGGACAGUUGCCCAAAAGACGUAGUCAUCUUCGCCAGUGAUGAGUCAAAGAUGAUCUCCACGGAACUCAAAUAUAGUUCAAGUAUUGAAGAGUGUCAACUCUUGUUGGUGGCACCAAAUGGGAAAUCGAUUGAAUUAAACACAACAGGCUCUUGGAAGUAUUUGUUCAACGAUAUUGCCCAUCUUGACCGCAUUAAGAAAAUUUCUUCAUGUAGUGAAAGCAAUGAAUCGUCAUUGUUGACUUCUUUUCAAACCUAUUCCAAUCAAGCUUUACUCCAAAUUUGUCUUAAUCACAAUGAAGACUCAAUGGCCUACAACUUUACAGUCACCGCAGUCAACGAUCGCUGUACUUGUGAAGAACACCAACUACAGCUUACCUCAAAUCAGCCAAUUAGCUUCCUACCCACGAUAUUUCCAAGUGGGACUUGCCAAGACCUUUUCUGCUACUUGUCCCUUUCCACCAAUGUUUCUGUCAAUUCCACUCAUUAUCCACGGGUUAUCGCUCGGUUAAAGCCUUUACCAGUGUCUCUGCCGGUGGUUCACAUCAAUCUCACAACUUUUUCAAUCGUGAUACAAACUCAGGACAUUAGCACCAGACAAGCAGAUGAGACGCCGCGCGUUUUACCACCCGUUUUCAGUGUACACUAUAAAGCGAUGGAGGUUUUUGAGUUUCGUCUCAUGUCUUAUCCAAAAGAAUGCAAAUGUUUUCCCGAAUCCGAGCAAUUUCUCAUCUUUAAUCAGCCACUCAAUACAUCACAGCGCAUUCAAUUCAACAUCUCUGAGAGUUGCGAGCUGUUGAAUUGUUGGAUAAAGAUUAAGAAUGAUCCUCAAAAAUCACUCACUAUAUUGAAAGAACCACAUCAUUUACAAGGACAUUGGACACUUGCUAUAUUGCUCGAUGACCAUGUGGAAAUAUCUCUAGAUGAUCAGUUUGAGUCUCGUUAUGAGUUCAGCUCUGAUGAUUUCCUGGAAUAUGUAAAUCAAACACAGUACAUUUAUGUGCUAUUCACUACUAAACCCGUGCCAUUUAAGAAUUUGAAUAUCGAGAUGAAUCUCACCAUCGAUUGGGCAGAGAAAAAAAAUUGUGAAUGUGGUCAAAGAGAUCAUACAAUUGAAGAUGAACCGAUCUUUCUCGUCUCACCAAAUUUCCCUCAAAGAUAUUGUAACAAGAUGAAUUGCCAAUAUUUUGUCGAUGGGCCACUAGAUGUGACUAUUCAGUACGAAGUGAUCGAAUUCGAGAUGGAAGACAGCGAUUUGCUGUUUAUUAGCAAUUUAGAAGAGGAUAUAGAUGUUCAAGAAAUACGCCAUGCUGGACAAAAGAACACAAGUACUUCAACGUUUCAUAUUAUGUUUCGCACCGACGGAACGGACACUUUUCGAGGAUACAAAAUCAAAUUCUGGCCAAUUCACCAAAAACGAUUUAAUGUGCUGCCGAUUUUGAUUGUUUGCCUGAUUCUUGUCGCUGUUCUUGCUGGAGUUCUGUUCUAUAAGAAACAAAGCAAUCGACGACGAAGAACCCUCAUGGUCAUUCCAUACAAUGAUGAUGUUGAGAGA